CUAUUUGUAGGGCGCCGAAUGGAUUGUGUUGCGAAUUCAGUCGUCGCGGCGCUGACGAACAAGCGAUAUUAUUCUAGCCGACGGUGACCUCAACGGUCGUGUAUUAAUUCGUUCAUAAAUUCGCGGGAAGAUUUUUAUUAUAUUAUAACUAAGUGACGAAUCAUAUACAAUCAUGGUGGGUUCGAUGAGCCGAAUCAUCGUCUUAGUGUGCAUGAUUUACUAUUCUACCUGUGACGUAACUAGCAGAGAAUCAAGAGCUAGUUCAAGUCCCACGGAAGGAACAUUUAAUUGUAAAUCAGAAGGAUUUCAUCCAGACCCGUCUGACUGUACGUCAUUUUACAGAUGUGUUAAUUUUGGAGCUGGCACAUACUACACCAAGUUUAAAUUUCAAUGUUCUCCUGGAACUGUUUUUGAUCCAGAAAACUCUGUAUGCGUACAUCCUUCUUUUUCUAAUAGAGAAGAAUGUAAAAAUGUACAAUUUAGUAAUCCCGAGCCUGAACCUAGCCCAGAAGAAUCUAACUCGUGGAAUCCACCACCUAACAGUGCUCCAAAUCAACCAAACUCUAAUAAACCAAAUAACUCGGGUUAUGGUUCAACCGCUCCCGAAUAUUUAAAUCAGCCAUCUUCAAACUAUGAUUAUGGGCGCCCACAGACUGGUUACAAGCCGACACAAACUGAAUAUGUUCAACCACAAUCACCACCAAGUUACCAACCUCCCCCCUACAUACCACCACAACCAAACUCUCCACCAAAUAAUUAUAAACCUCAACAGUCAGGAUAUGUAGAAUCUCAACCUCAACCAAGUUACAAUCAGCCACCUCAAUCUGGUUACAUUCCAUCUUCGUCACAACCAGCUCAAAAACCUAAUUAUAACCAACCUCCACAACCUGGUUAUGUACAACCAUCAUCGCCACCGGCACAACAGUUCAAUUAUAAUCAACCACCACAAUCUGGUUACAACCCACCUAGUCAACAAUCUAGCUAUAACCAACCACCACAAUCUGGUUACAUACCACCUAGUCAACAACCAAGUAACAAUCGACCACCGCAAUAUAAUUAUGUGCAACCUGUAGUAUCAACAUCACAGCCAAAUUAUUAUCAACCAUCACAACCUAACAAUAAUCAACCAUCACAACCUAAUUAUAAUCAACCGCAAUCGACUUACGCACCUCCUGUUCAACCAGAAGAUGGCUACAAUCAGCAAUCAUCAUCAGAAAGUCCUGCAAAUGAAGUAGAAAAUGAAUUACCUGAUCAACCAGAAGAAACUAGUUCUAGUGGACCAAAUUGUGAGUCAGAAGGAUUCCAUCCAUACAGUGAAGGUUGUAGUAAAAAAUUCAUAAGGUGCGUAGACAAAGGUGAUGGGACUUUUACCAAGUAUGAAUUUGACUGUGGUGAAGGAACUUUAUGGGACGAUAGUCAACAAACAUGUAACCAUGCUAACCUAGUAAAUUGUGGAACCACAACGGCAGCUACACCUUCCACAAUACAAUCAGAUUCUACCGUAGCGCAGCAAAUAACUACAGCCAACAUAUGGUCUACUUCAGUAACAUCUAAUUCAUCUAUGAUGUCAAGCUCAAGUUCAAGUUCUAGUAGUUCUUCAAGUAGCCAGUUUUCAACUUCAGCUGUCACUGCCGGUCAAACAAAUGGAGGAUUUAACCAACAAUCUCUAGGUGCUUCUUCAACAACAGUUGCUAUGAAUCAAGGGUCAAAUCAGGCUGAAAGUUCUAGUACAAAUCAACAAUCUGCUUCUUCUGGUGCUAGUCAAGCUGCAACAUCUGGAUUUAACCAACAAACAACUAGUGCUGGAGCUAAUCAACAAACUACUAGUGCUGCAGCUAACCAACAAACAACUAGUGCUGGAGCUAACCAACAAACAACUAGUGCUGCAGCUAACCAACAAACAACUAGUGCCGCAGCUAAUCAACAAACCACUAGUGCCGCAGUUAACCAACAAACAACUAGUGCUGGAUCCAACCAACAAACAACUAGUGCUGGAUCUAAUCAACAGACAACUGGUUUUGGAUCAAAUCAACAAACGACUAGUGCCGGAGCCAACCAACAGACAACUAGUGCCGGAUCUAACCAACAGACAACUGGUUUUGGAUCAAAUCAACAAACAACUGGUGCUGGAUCUAAUCAACAAAUAAAUAAUUCUGGAAAUAAACCAACUUCACCAAUGUCAUCGACAUUAAAACCAACAACGCCUAUUUAUACAACUAAAAAACCACCAGUACCGACGACUCAAAAACCUACUACAUCUAAACCAACUACUACACAGCCGACAACUCCAAAACCAACAACUCCAAAACCAACAACUCCAAAACCAACAACUCCAAAACCAACCACUUCAAAACCAACCACUCCACAACCAACCACUCCAAAGGCAACCACUUCACAACCGACAACCUCAAAACCAACCACUUCAAAACCAACAACUACUACACAAAAAACCACUACAACAACUACUAAAAAACCAACUCAAUACACUUCAACUUCUAAACCAACAACUCAAUCAACUUCAAAACCAACUGUUACGACAACCAUUAAACCUGUAAAUUCAAAACCACCUGCAAAUCCAACAACGAUUGCUCCCACAAAUAAACCAUCAUAUCAAUCAUCAACAACAAUUAAACCAAUAAGUCAGCAAUCUACGAAAAAGCCACCUACCACAACUGUUACCACAUCACCAUCUACACCAGACACUUGCACUUCAGAAGGAUUUUUCCCAGAUUCUAAAGAUUGUAACAAAUUUUAUAGAUGUGUAGGUAAUGGAAAAGGAUUUACUAAAUAUAACUUUGAUUGUGGGCCAGGAACGGUUUGGGAUCAUGUAAAUAAUGUAUGCAAUCAUCCAUGGGCAGUGGAUAGAGAUUGUUCUAAAUCGAGUUCGUCGUCUACGACUGGACCAACAGAAUCAAUUGUAUCUAGCAGUUCUGAAAAUCCAAUAUCAAAUCAACCUAGUUACCCAGAAACAUCCACAGCAUUGCCUACCAGUCCUUCCUCUCAGACAUCAAUAAGUAGUCAAACUACCCAAACCCAAACUUCAACAUCUACUUCUAGUCAACAAACAUCUUCAACCACAAGUCAAACAGUUAUAUCGUCCAAUAAUUCAACUGCCCCUUGUAAUACUUCACCAAAGCCACCUAGUAAAAUAGUAUGCAAUGGAAGUGGAUUUUUCCCUCAUCCAGAUGAUUGUAAAAAAUUCUAUAGAUGUGUCGAUUGGGACGGCGAUAAAGGUGAACGGUUCUCUGUGUACCACUUCGACUGUCCUGAAGGAACAAUUUUUGAUCCUAGUCUAAAUGUAUGUAAUCACGAAGCUUCUGUUUACCCCCCCAGAGAUUGUUCUGGAUCAAGCACUCCGCAAAUUAAUGGAACUAGUACUCCUGCUACUGCUGUGACUACUACCACUGAAGCAAGUACUAUAGUAACAACUGAUGGUCAAAUUGAAACUACAGGACCAUCUGAAACGAAUGAACCAGAAGUAAAACCAACUUCAAGUAUACCUGAAACAGAAUCUACUACAUCUAGUCAACCAGAAACUUAUCCACCAACAACUAAUCCAACGGGAACUGAUCCAAUAACGUCUAGUCCAACAGAGACUACAACUAGUCAAAUAGAAACAAAUCCACCUACGACAAGUCCAACGGAAACAAAUCAAUCCACGACUAGUGAGACAGAACCUUAUUCACCAACGACAAGUCCAACAGAAACAAACCCCCCAACGACUAAUCCGUCGGAAACAAAUCCUCCAACGACCAAUCCAUCGGAAACAAAUCCUCCAACGACUAGCCCAUCCGAAACUAAUCCGCCAACUACAAAUCCAUCAGAAACAAAUCCACCUACAACCAAUCCAUCAGAAACAAACCCACCUACAACAAGUCAAACAGAAACAACAGAUUCUGAAACAAAUCAACCGUCGACAGAAACAUUACCCGCCACAACAACUUCGCCAGAAACUUCAAACUCUACCGACAAUUGUCCACCUUUGGAACCUGAUCAAGUUUCAUUAGUGUGUCCAACAGGUUUUAGAAGACAUCCAAAAAAUUGUAACCUAUUUUAUCAAUGUACAAUAGCACCUAAUAAUGACAUUAAGGUAUUGGUCCUCGCGUGUUCAAAUGGUACGUUCUAUGACCAAAAAAGAACUCAAUGUUUACCACCAGAUGAAUCUGAAUCCUGUCCAUCAAUUGAUGUACGCCGGUUAGAACCACUUGGAGAAGAACAACCAACUGUCCAGAUUCAACCUUACCGGCAGUUAUGUCCAUCAGAAGGAACGUUUGGUUCCCCAACUGAUUGUCAAACUUUUGUAAAAUGCAAUAGAGAUGCUAAAGGACUUCUCAGUGGGCAAAUGUUCCAAUGUCCCGAAGGUCAGAGCUUCUGGGAUACAUCUAAGAAAUGUGAGAAAAAUAGGAAAAUACCCAUGUGUAAUAAACUCGGUCCAAAAUUAAAUUGGCAAACGAGUCUUGCCCCUGUACUUGCUGAUUAAUGAAAUUUAAUUUUAUAGACCAGAAUUUCAAAUAACAAUGUAUAAUUAGCUCAAUCUAAAUGUAUGUUAGUUUAAGAUUAUAAUAAUAAUUAAUGAGUAAUUAAGUAUUUAAAUUUAAUUUAGAUUAAAAUUUGUCUUCAUUUUGAAAAAUGUUUCAAAGAUUUACCUAGGCAACCAAAUUACAAAAUAUGAAAUUGAUUUCCUAGGUACCUAAGUUUAGUUUGCGAAAAUAUGGAUAGAAAAAUAUUAUUUGUAAUAAAAUACCUAUCAAGUAUUAGAUAUUAGGUUUCUAGGUAUUAAUUUAUUAUUAAUGAUUAUUUAUAACAAUAUCAUAUUCAUGUUAUUAGACAUUGAUUAAAUAAUACAUUAAUACCUACCUAUGUUUAAAACAUAUGCACUUGAUUUCAAAAAUAAUGUGCCAUACUAGACAAGUAUUUUUGCUUAAUAGUUGCAUAAAUCUUUGAAACAUUUUUUAAAUAUUACAAAUGAUUAGGCGUAAGUUAUAUUUUUA